UUGUUCUCCGUUGCAUUGUGGGUACUUUCAAAAUGUCGGCGCCCUGUUGGAGGUAUGCUUGGCGACCGGUAUGGCAAAUUGCGUCAAGACCAGAGAGGAUAAAAGCUGCAGUGCGAUAUGUUUCCUCUAUCGCUCAGAAAGCCAAGACUGCUAAUCCACCGUCGCCCUGGGUUAUACACGGUGCCGUGUGCUUACAGAGACUUCCGGUCAUCUCUCAGGACCUGAACCCGGUUGAAGAGAAGUUCAUGGAGCUUAUGCGCCAGAUGGAGCUGGAGAGGAGCAUGCUCUCGGACCACGAGCUGCGGCUGCUGGAGGACGCAGAGCGCAUGAGCCGCAAACAGGAUGCCGAUUACGACUCUGAUGACGAAGAAGCCUAUGGAAGUCAGGAGAUUGUCACCGCACAGGAUUUGGAGGACACAUGGGAACAGAAAUUUAAGCUGUUCCAACCUGCUCCGAGAACAAAAGCUUCUGACACCACAGAUGUGAGCUCGGCUGAGCGCUGCCUGGGAGACAGCGUGGUGCUGCUGGUGAAGCAGGAUGUUGGCUCUCAGAAGGUUUGGCUUCUGCCUCAGUUGCCAUGGGAGGCGGGAGAGACGCUGAGGCAGACCGCAGAGCGUGCCCUCGCCAGUCUGCCAGGUGAAAAAUUGGAUGCGACCUUCCUCGGGAACGCUCCUUGUGGAUUUUACAAAUACAAAUUCCCCCAAAACAUCCGGACCGAGAACAGAAUAGGAGCCAAGGUGUUUUUCUUCAAAGCUGUGCUCUCUGGUAGGGGCAGUCUUCCAGUAGAGAAGAACUCCUGUGUGUGGGUGAAAAAGGAUGAGCUCCAGGAUUAUCUCAAACCAGAAUACCUGAAACAGGUCAAGCGAUUUAUUUUGAAUGUGUGACAUGCUGAGACACUGGACCCCAUGUAGAAAUGUUAUAUACACACACUUCUGUAAGACACUUUCUCCGACUCUGUGUAGUUGGAUUGUCACACAUCAAAUGCCUCGUCUCUGCUGAUCAGAAGUAAAAUGUUCAAUUUGGGGGGGGGGGCAUUUUCAUGCCAUAAUCAGUUAUGGCCCUGUGACCAAGUGUGACACAGAUGACAAAAUAAAUCCAGAUUUCCAGAGGAGUUGAUUAAAUAAAUGAAUCAGGUGUGAUGAGCUGAGUGUGUCGGAUGGUGAGCUUGAUUGAAUUCUGUUCCAGUUACACAACCACAAAUAACCGUUUAUAUUGUACAUGUGCAUUAAACGUACUAAUGUGGA